AUGAGUGCACUCCCGAGUCUUAUCCCAGUCACUCAAAAAGCACCGAAUGUGUGCGGAUACUGCAGGGCGCGGAAACAAGCUUGUGAUCGUACAGUGCCAAGCUGCCUAAGGUGUGCUGCUAAAGGUUUCAGCUGCGACUACUCCCCAUCCCCGCCUGUUCCAAGCACAACCUCCGAGCCUUUGAUCUUGCGUUCACAGUCAGGCGCACCACUUCUUUCUUGUCUCGGAGCUUGGAAACUUGUGCACUAUGUGACAACAAGCUUGAAGGCAUCGUCCGAUAUAAACGCAUCCUCCAAGCUCUCAGAUUAUGUGGUCGACAUCCUAAAAUUGGCUGAUAUCAAUCUGACCUCCAUCGUUGAGGAUUAUGGCCGAUCUAUCCGACACUGGUCUCCGACAGUCUACGACUGUACUCUUGAUCAAGGUACGGAGGUUAUUUUAACUAGAUACCCAGCGCUAGCUCUGAGUGUGUGGCUCGUUACCCAAAACAUCCGUAAACACGCUGAGCACCCUUCCGACUGCCAGCUUUACCGAGUUCUAAAACAGGUUCUUGCCUUGUUGCAGACAAAACAUGACGCAGAUAUAGAAGCAUUGCAACUAGGGCUAUCAAUAGCAGUGUAUGAAGUUGGUCAUGGCAUGGGAACACAAGCUUUCCAGACGAUAUUAAGCUGCAAGGCAAUACUAACUAUACUUGAACACGGUGCCACGGCUAUUGAUGACAUAUCGACGCUAGAGACAACAGAGUGGCUAAAAGCCUCUCUGAUUAUGCUCGACCGCAUACUUUUCGUCACGUCGCCGUCGCCAUCUUUCACACUCACUAUACCACCGAGCGAUCCCAUUUGCAAUGUGGAAUUCACUCAGUACCACCCGCCCAUCAUGCCAACACAUGUCCCAUCACCUUGUACGAAGGUUCACUUCCGCACUGUCGUUGCCCUUGGCACCGGCAAGGCUCUCGAUUACGUAAAUGCUCGUAGACGCACAACACAGCCUUACGAAAGCUACGACGCCGUCGAUAUGCAAACGUCGGGUUACAUCAGAAUGCUCAUGGAAGAUAUGCGGCCUUCUUCUUGGGUACAUUGCGACGCGAUAGGGCUGGGUUUCUGCUCGCACCUCUUGCUCCAGGAAGCUCAAGUGCUCUACCUAGCAGGACUGCCAUACUCGGACGAGCUUCGUAAACACAUCGAGAAAGCAAAUCUGGCGCUAAGGUACGCAAGGCGUAUGGCAUGGGAUAUGGUGAAGGUUUCGCUAGGGAAGCUGGAAAACGAGGACGAUGUGGCAAAGCUGCCGUUCGCGGCGCUGUGUUGCAUAUUGAGAGCCGGGAUAGCCGUCUUGGAGACAUCCAGAAUAUGUGACGAGCAGUUAGUAUCGAAUGAAGAAUUCGCAAUGCUCCAGAGGUGUAUGAGAUGGUUUAGCGCGCGGUGGCACGUGGGAGUGCAUCUUGAGGCGAGGCUAGAACAGUUUAUAAACAGUCAUACUUGA